CUGUUUGCCUACAUAAUACAUAGGUGUGGCAACGCUCUGCUGCACUUUAAUUUAUUUCACGGCAAAAUAAUUUUGUUUAUUGCAAAAUGCAAGAGUUUUCGGCCAAGCGCAAUGCACUCUUCGCGUGCCUCGACGACGCCAGCAAAGAGCUCAAGGGUACGGCCCUGGAUCAGAGCAAGGCCAAGUCGUACACGGUGAAUGCCCUCGAACGAGCAGGAGGCGACGCCGGAUAUGGACAGGUCAUGCACUAUCGCCAUGGCCGCAGCAUUGAUUGUGGCACUGAGCCCGAUGCGGGCCAACUGAAGCGCAUGAGGGGCAAGGAGAGUAUAUUCAAGAAGCCGGAAAUGCCGAUUGGACGCUGCCUGAAGCCCCGCAAGACGCCCGACUAUCAGAUGAACCCGCACAAGUGGAAAAAGUAUUCACUGGAAGAUGUGGACAUAUCCGAUCAAAGCAACUCCAGCGCCGCCUUGUCUUUUCUGCGCGAAAUGGAUGCCCAACGCCAGACGGAGCCAGGAGAAGACGAUGCAGCAAUGGAAGCGGCAGGCAAAAUUGAAUUCAAAAAGAAGAGCAAACUGAAUCGCAAUCUCAAGAAACUGCAGGCCGACGAAGUGGCCGAUGUGGAGCUGGACAAGCCCCAGCUAAGGGGCUCCAAACUGGUGAUGCCCGAGUACAUCAUUGGCCAGAAGCCGCAGAAGCAAAAGAAAUCGAAGCCCAAGGAAAAUCAAAAUCGUGCUGCUGGCAAACUGCAGCUGUCCCACCUGGAGGAAGAGGAUAAUGAUGACGUGGCAUAGGCCCCUCGCCUAGACUGUAGAUAUAGAUUUUAAAUUAAUUAAAUAGUUUGUAAAUAUAGUUUCCCCACCCGAUUUCGUAUCUAAAUUGGGCCAAAAUC